CUUAUUCAGUCUCUAGAGGGUUUUAUGUCUCUUGCUUUUAGCAGUAAUGAUGCUGAAGCAAUUAGCCGUAAAAUUCCCAUUAAUGAAUCUGGAAAAAGAGAUCAUACUUUCUCUCUGGAUGAUGUUUAUGAAAUACCUAGAUGUGUAGACUGGAUCAAGAGUAAUUGCUUCUCUAAAAUUGCUUUACAGUUUCCUGAUUAUUUAUUGGAGGAUGCUACUAAUGUGGCUAUAGAACUUGAAAAUAGUACUCAUAAAGAAAUAGAUAUUCUUGGAGAUACUACAUAUGGAAGCUGUUGUGUAGAUGAAAUUGCUGCUCUGCGUGGAUCAGCUGAUGCUAUCAUACAUUAUGGACGUGCAUGCCUUAGCCCAACCAGUCGUUUACCAGUAUUAUAUGUAUUUGGAAAGCAUUUCAUUGAUAUUCAAGAUGCAACAAAUGCUUUUAGAAGUCUGCUUACAGAUGUGAAUAGUUUAAUUAUAAUUUUGUACGAAGUGACAUAUUCAUAUGCUGUGGGUAAUCUUGUUGGAAAUUUAAUUGAAUACAAGAAUAUUACGGUAUCUGAAUUGGACAUCCCUGGAAUUACAUCAGAAUCAUCAAAUGUGACAGAAAUGAAUAAGGACUUAAUUCAGAUUAAAAAGUGUGGAAGAAAGCUUUUCAUCCCAAAGACGAAAAAUUUAAAUAAUUUCAAUAUAUUUUAUAUAGGGGAACAAAACGAAACUUUGACAAACUUCAUGUUAUCUUUCAACCACUGUACAUUUUAUUCUUACUAUCCCUUAAAAAAACUAUUUCAGGUUGAGACCUUAGAUGUAAAUAAGCAUCUUAGAAGACGUUAUUACUACAUAGAAAAGACUAAGGAUGCCAAAAUAAUUGGCAUUCUUGUAGGAACAUUGGCAGUCUCAAAUUAUAUGAAUAUUAUAGAGCAGUUAAAAGAACUAAUUGAAAAUUCUGGGAAAAAAUCUUAUACUUUAGUGAUUGGAAAAUUAAAUUGUGCGAAAUUAGCAAAUUUUCCACAAAUUGAAAUCUUUGUGAAUGUUGCUUGCCGAGAAUCAUCUCUAAUAGAAAGUCGUGAAUUAUAUCAACCAAUAAUAAUACCUUAUGAGUUAGAAAUAGCUCUCAAUAAAGCUCGGGCUUGGACUGGAAAUUAUAUUACAGAUUUUGGUGAACUACUUCCAGGUGCAGUAAAUUUUAUAUCAUCUCCACAAGGAAAAGAAAUAGAUGUUGAUGUAUCACUUGUUACUGGUAAAACCCGUUCUCUAGGAUUAAGUGAUGAUGCCAAUAUUCAGCCAACUACAGCACCAAUUCUUGCCACUAGAGAUGAGAUGAAAUUAUCAACUAUUCAUUCUCAAGCAGCAGGUGAAUUUCUAACUCAGCUAAGUUGGCAAGGUUUAGAGCAGCAUUUGGGUGAAACUCCAGUUCCGGAAAUUCUUGAAGGAAGAAAAGGCAUUGCAUCUGCAUAUGAAGAUGAACUCAGUGAUAAAAGCAAAUGAAUUCAUUAUGUGUGUUUUUAUAAAAGUUGAGAAUAUACUACAUAUUUGUAUACUUACAAGAUAUAUUUAGAAAACUUUUGUAUUUUCUUAGAUAUAACAAAUAACAUUUUUUCAUUGAUAUGUGUGAGUGUAUAUGAAUGUGUGUAUAAAUGUAAUGAAUAUGUUUCAGAGAUUAAAACUACGAAGGAAAGGUAUAUAGAAAGAGGGCAAUUUCAUAUUUCAUAGGGGAGUAAAAAAGAACUUCGUACAUUUUAUAGGAGUUCAAAAGGCCAUGACGAAAAGAUGGGACAAAAUAAAAUUAAAAGAAAUGGCCCAAAUGUAAUAGAAAAAAAAAGGGGGCCUAUAGAAAGGAAAGGAAAAGAAAUAGAAAAUUUCCUAAAAUAUGAUUGUGCCCUUGAGUGUAAAGAAAAGGGGAGGAAGCUGUGUUCAUUUGCAAAAACGAGUGUCUUAAGAAGCAAACUUUAGCUAAGUAAAAAAGUCCUAACAAUUCCAGUUCCAAUGUUAAGCCAUGAGUAGCUUGCAAAUUUGCUCGCUUUGAUCUGGCUGUCAUCACAUAAGUUGCUACUACGAGCGAUGCAGUGAGUUGAAUGCUCAGGGUAGGUCUGGAGGACAAACUAGGAGGUGAAAGGGGCGUGACCAAUAGUCACAUGUGACGCGGCGAGGCAUCGGGUUGGCUGUCCAAGACGAAGUAUUUAAAAUCUUUUACAUGCAAUAUCAAAAGAAUAUUGUGGAAGCAUGACAUGAAGAUGGUGUAAGUCCUAACAUGGUGUUUGCCUUUAUCUUGAGACCUAACUCCAAAAGACACAUAACAUCACAGAGAUGUAUAUAUGUAUUAUUUUAACUGAAGUAACAUUAACUAUUACCGUUCCCAAAAAAUUCAUGUAUAUUUCAGAAAAACAGCAUUUGACAAAUCAUAAAUCCCUAACACAGUAAGAGAGCACAUCAGCAAAAAUAAAUAAAAUAAUAGAGUUUAUUAUUUUAGUAUUAAUUAAUUAUAAUAUUUAUUUAUUAAUUUACCCAUCAUAAUUUAUUUUAGUACUAGUUUAACAAAUUCAUGCACACUGUAUUUAUAUUUGUUUAUAAUUUGUUUGAGAACUGAAAAAAGUCGAGGGAGGAUCGUAGUUACACAUAUGACAAUCUAAUACAUUCAUGUAUGCUCAACAUUCCCAUUUUCCCUCUCAAGAAAUUCCUAAGCAAGAAAGGGGGGGCCUAUGAAGGGUAGCUGUUUAGGGACUGCUGAUAAGAAGAGCUACUGAUAAGGAAUGUGACGUCUCUACGGAAUAGUUAGGAAAAAAAGAACCACAUGACUUAAAGCAAUUAGUACUAACUAUUGUGUAAUGUUAGAAUCUUAUGAAAAUAACAAAUAAAUCACUUUAAUGCUUGAGUUAAAAGCACUUUAGUGAUAGAGAAUUUGAUUUUGUGUAGAUAUUAUUAUGCUUUAAAAUGUAUGAAUAAAUUGCAGUUACAGUUUUA